AUGAAAGUCAAGGCUGUGGAAGAGUUACUUAAAGAGGCAAAACGUGGGAGAACCAGAGCUGAAACAAUGGGAGCUAUGGGUUGGUUGAAAUGUCCUCUUGCUGGUACAAAUAAAAGAUUUCUUAUUAAUACCAUCAAAAACACGUUACCAUCUCAAAAAGAACAAGACCAAGAACGUGAGCAAAAGGAAGACAGUAAGGAGCCUGAGCCAAACAAAAGCAGGAAAGAAGAAAAACCAAAGAAACACAGAAUUCACCCAUACACACCCAGCUUUCAGUCCAGAAGGAGAGUCAGCUACUCUCCUCCGAGACACCAAAACAGGAACCAGCACACAAAGGAUAAGCAUGAAAAGCGAUCAAGCAAACGAUGAGGAGAGGAGAGUGAUGAAUAUAUGUUGUUACAAGCCAGGAAUGUCAUUAAGUGUUGGACUGCAGGGGUGUCUCAGUUUUUCAGGAAAAGAUGCUGUUCAAAAUUGAAUUUUGAAUGAGUUGUUUGAGUGAGAAGUAACCUUGAGGUAGCUUUAGAAAACUUUUUCUUUGGGACCUUUAAGAGAAAAGCAAAGGGCAGUGUAAAUCUUUCAGUUGUUUUAGACCAGGCAUUCCUUUCCCUUUGCUCCAUUCCUCUCUCCACUUCUGACUAAGCUUAGGGUCUUGAUGAUGGAGCGUGAUACAUGUGUCACUGUCCGAUACAACUUGUUUAGUCAUGUCACUUGGAAAUAAAUUUAAGUUAAGCAGAAAUCUAUUUAUUGUGUAAAGUUGGCAGAACUUCUUUGCUGCUAACCGAUAAAGAAGUUUUGCGUGUUUGGGUUAGUUUAGUUUUACAGAAUCUAGAAGAAGGGAAGGCUGGUCAAUGCCUGGCCAAGCACAUGCAUUUUGUAUAGAAUAUAAGAGUUUGUUUUCUUUAGUAUAAAAAGAACAAAUUUUAAAUGGGUGGUGCUGGUUUUACUUUCCAGGAGGAACUACCAGGAAAUACUGAUUUUGCUUGUUAUUGUAUAUUCACAAACCUGUUAUAGAUAAUAAUAAACAUUACCCCUAAAAAGCCGUAAGUGCAAUAAUCGUCUCUGUUUAGAGUUCCCUCUGUAAGGAAGUACUUUGAACAGUCUGUUGUCAUGGUGCUUUCAAAACAAACCUUGGAAGACAAAUUUAUCACAUUCUCUGUCCACUGCUGUGAAAUUUCCAAGUAAAUGUGUAAUACUAGAAAUGCAGAGGUGAUACUUUAAAACAUUGAAGUGCUCACUUUCCAAGCCUGUGUGACAAUUCUGUAGUGGUACACUUCUUACCGGUGGCUUGGAGCACGUGUAUACAGAUCAGCAUAUUCCAUGUCUCACUUCUGUUUGUGUUAAAAUAACAAACUUCUGUGUGAAAUAUUUUUUAUUUCAGUAUUCUCAGAAAUAAUUUUUUUGAACAUAGGUUUCCGUUUUUAAGUGUGUUGACAAUAAAAUCGAAAAUGUUCAUUG